CCGGCCGGCUCGGUGGGAGCGGGCAGGAUGGCCGGCGUCGCCCUGUAUCUGGUCUCCACGCUGGGCGGCUACCUCCUCACCUCGGCGCUGCUGCUCAAAUGCCCGGGACUGCUGCACCGGCCCAAGCGGCAGCGCUUCCGCUGCCGGCACAUCUCCCACCGCGGCGGUGCUGGAGAGAACCUGGAAAACACAAUGGCAGCUUUUCGCCAUGCAGUUAAUGUGGGGACAGAUAUGUUGGAGCUAGACUGUCAUCUGACGAAAGACGAACAAGUAGUGGUAUCGCAUGACGAGAAUCUGAAGAGAGCAACUGGAGUUGAUGUCAGUAUAUCUGACCUCAAGUACUCGGAACUCCCACCAUAUCUCUGCAAAUUGGAUGUCACCUUUCAGAAAGAAUGCCACUGUGAGGGUGAAGACAAUCGCAUUCCACUGCUGAAGGAGGUGUUUGAGGCAUUUCCAAAUAUUCCAGUCAACAUUGACAUCAAAGUGAACAACAAUGUGCUGAUUAAAAAGGUUUCAGAGUUGGUGAGCCAGUACAAACGAGAACAUUUGACAGUGUGGGGCAAUGUCAAUUAUGAGAUUGUGGAGAAGUGUCAUAAAGAGAACGCUGAUAUUCCUAUCCUUUUCUGUUUGAAACGUGUCCUGCUUCUUGUUGGCUUGUUUUACACUGGUCUGCUGCCAUUCAUUCCCAUCAGGGAGGAAUUCUUAGAAAUUCCUAUGCCCUCAAUCAUCCUGAAGCUGAAAGAACCAGAGAUGACGACGAGAAGCCAAAAAUUUGUUAUCUGGCUUGCUGAUACAUUGUUAAUGAGGAAAGCGUUGUUUGAUCACCUCACUGCUCGAGGCAUUCAGGUGUAUAUUUGGGUACUGAAUGAAGAACAAGAAUAUAAGAGAGCAUUUGAUUUGGGAGCAACUGGAGUGAUGACAGACUAUCCAACAAAGCUCAAGGAGUUUUUACACAAUUAUUCAGCAUAAAGGGGGGGAAAAAAUCAAGCAAGACCCUACAAAGUGGACAGAGUGAGCCAAGGAUUUCAUUCCUUCAUCAGAAUUUUUUAGCACUAUACGGAUAAAUCACUUGCCCAAUGGUGAAAGAUGUAAUCAGCUGGGUUAUAUUACCUCAUUCUUAAAUCAUUACAUGAUGUAGAGAUUGUAUACAGUUUUAUUUAUUUAAAAUUUUAAUUGCAUAGUUUACAUUUGUAAAUAGAUUGUUUAGCAAGAGUACACUAUACUAAUGGUGAUGUAUAGAAAGAAGGCUGUGGAUAAGGAUACUUGUAAAUAAUAUACAGUAUUUUACCGAUCACAAGUUCCCAUACCCAUACAUCAAGAAGUAGCAUUUGGAAACUAUUCCAGUCAAAUGCUGUUGGGUAGAGAUUAAUAGCUGGCACUGCAUCAUUGUAUUUACAUCUCAUUGAUUGAGCUGGCUGUUGAUUUCCAGGUAAUCUGCAUUGAGGAAAAGAAACUAGCACACAGGAAAAGUAAGAAGUUGGAUCUGUGGAUAUCUGGACAGAUUACCCUGCAAAAUGUAGUCAGUAAAGGUAGUAACUUACAGUAAUGUAUUUUGACUAAAACUAAAUCCUUAGACCAACAUAGGUUUACUUAAUUGCUUUUAUUAAUGAGAAUGUUGGGGUUAGUCUCCGGCUGUAAUUUGGACCUCUUUUUGGUGUAAUAAUAUCAAGUUCAGUCAAUAAAUCAUAGUAUUUUUAGAAUCUAGCCCUUCUUUAUGGAAUUAUCAUAUUGUUAUGUUACUCUUUUUUUUUUUUUUUUUUAAGUUACUUAUUGUUGACAAGGGCUGCAAUUUUUUUGGCCUAAAUCUGAAUUUAUAAACCGAUGUUACUGCUAUAAAAUUGAAAAAGGUAAUUGUUUCCAGACUUGUUGUAUAAAUUGCUUAUAUUUGUAUAUCUUCAUUAAUUAGUUUAGGUUAAACUUGAAAGGAGCUAAAGAUGAAAAAUCCACAAAAGGAUUCAUUUCUCAGCUUUCUUUCAGUAUAACUAGAGAUGAUUUUUUAAAUAAUCUUUACCACAAUCAGAGCCCUGUAGUUCUGGCUGGACGUACAAUAGGGCUAAUCUGGAAUGAGUAACAGAGCAAGUGUAGCUCACUUGGUAGAUAAUGCCCACGAUGCUGCCUUGGCAAUUCGUUAGCCAGUUUUCCAGAAAAGGAGGGUUGCACUUACCAUUGACUGAGGAAAACAGAAUUCAGUUCUGUGUUUAAAAUAAUCUUUACAAAGGGAAAAUAAAUGUUUAGAUUUUUUUUUUCUUUUUUCACUCCUGUAGUUCCAAAAGAGUUUGGAGAUAUUUUUAAAACUGAAUUCUGGCAUUCUGUUGAUGCCUAAUGUGAGCCAAGGGCCUCUUGGGGAGGAAUGUUGGUAUCAGAGAAAUUCUGAGAUACUUUAAUCUCACUCUCUACACCAAUUUUGUUGAAUAUAUCUGCAUAAAGACUUAGCAUAGGAAUGAAUUACUUGACUGAGAUGUUAACGCACAAUCUCCAUUGGGUAAUGGAUUGGAAAUCAUAUUUAAUGUGAGGAACCAAAGAUGAGACCUAAGAUUGGUCUGGGGACUUGGGAGCAACAAAGAAAACCGCCAUUAAAAAUAAUUUGCCAAGAAAGACAAAUAUACAUUUAAUGUGCAUUAUGAACCACUGGGUCAGCACUUGUUGUGUAAAAGUCCUUUAAACAGAUUUACUUAAUUAUCCUGCCUCUUCAAAAACAAAACAACCCCUCCGACACCACCACUUUGCAAUACAUAUCUUGAAAAUCAGAGUGGCAGUGGUUUGUAUUAGCUCUGUCUCAUCUUUAAGGGGAUUUUUUUUCCUAACCAAAAAUAAUAAAUUCAAUAUGCAUGAAAUUUAGACAUGCGCACCGAUGAAAUACUGUUACUAGGAAAAGCCAGGAAAUCCAGAGUAUCAAGGGAAGGAGGUUGCCCUAGAAAUGCACACUCCUGCUGGUGACAACGGGAAGAGAGAGUUGCAUGUGUAUGUCAAAGAAUGGAGCUGGUGAUUUCUUCUUGUGUGUUUUGGCAUUACUACUUUGGCAUUGUUGUUUUCAUGUAUUUUUGGAUGAUGUGGUCUGUAUGUAUGGAAUGAGCUGUAAAAGGCUCAGUAACUUAGUCAUUAGACAUGACUGGAACUAAACUACAAUAAUAUCUGCUCCUGACCUCUUUUGAGGGACUUCAGCUGUGAGAAUGUGACCUCACUCAAUAAUAAGACCGUCAGAUGUAGGAAUAAUAUACUUACAAAUAUUUUAAUUAAGGAAUGACUUAAAAUAAGAAUUUUCUCCCUGCCUUCUUAAACUUGUAAGGGAUAUCUUGAGUCCCUCCUUAGCCUCCCACCCCACAUCUUGUGCUCCAAAGCAGCAGUCUUGCAGCCUGUUAGCUGUUCUAGUGCACAAGCAGGCCUGCUUUCUAAAGUAAAGUGUUAGAAUGUUAAGCUUGUCUGGAUGGAUGAACAUUCACAGGUGCACUAUAAUCACCCCAUGUAACAGCUACUAAAUGUCAUCUGUAUUCUGAGGAAUAUUUUCCCUGAGUAGAUUAUAUGGAAGAAACCUCUUCUGAAGAAGUUUUAAGUGAACCCACAUUAGAGAUUUGGGCAAAUAUGUAGCUAGGUUUAAAUAGAUGUGGAUCUAAUUUUGUCUUAAUACAAUCAAUCUUAUGGCAUCUCAGUGAAAGAGAGCAAAAUAGAAGUAAUGUUCUAACAAUUCAGAUGAAAAAUAUGCAUUUUCAGUAACUUGUUAUAUGCUAAGCUUCUAGAUCUUUGUCCAGACCAGUUAAGCUUCAGCCAGAUAAAUGCAUGUGACCAUAUAGUUAUGGCUGGCUUGCUUUUUAGCAGAAAUGGAGAGCUGCAGAAUACUGUUUUGUUACAUAUGGGAAAUGAGCCACACUCGCCCUCUUUCUGAGCCUAUGCACCUGCUGCCUACUACAGUUUAAUUUCUGGGCAAGCCUGUAUUCACAGGAAAGUUGCCCCUGUCAUUAUUUUGCUAGAUCAGCCCAGUGUUUGGAUCUAGAUACAAGAUCCUGAAUGAUUUAUUUUUCCUUUUCUGGAUGCAUUGCUUCCAUGUUUACAACACACAUGCUGUGUUUUAAAAAAAACAACCUCAGUUGUUGGAGAAUAAUGACCUUUAUCACCUACACUUUAAAGCCAAAAGUUGUUUGAAAUUGGGGAAAGCUCUAAGCUUUGUAAAUGUAGCAUUCAUGGCUUUAAGACUUCUCAGCUAUUUUCUCAUAGCAUGAGACUCAAAUUUCCACAUCCCAACAUGGAUGAACAGUUCUGCUUUAAUUACUACACUUCUGAACUCAAUAUAGAAUAAUAAAGUGAAAUGAUAGGAAAUUUCAUUUGUUAACAAAAUGUAGGUUCCAACAUUUCAGGGCUUCUUCAGCCCUCUUGUGACAAUUGAGUUCUUUUCAGGGGCUCAGCACACUCUGCGACCACUGAACUUCCCACAUUUAAAUGCCUGCAAUGUUUGUAAAUGGCCUGUGUCUUGAUAAUCCAUAAAUCUGUUCUAGGUUAUCUGAAAUUUGUUGGUGCUGAGGAUUAGUGGAGGUCAGUUCUGGAAAAUAUGCGUAAUUCAUUCACUUCCACUUACUUCUGCUAAGAGCCAAAGUUUGAUUACCCUUAGCACACAGCGGACACCAGAAGACAUUGGCUGAAUGAUAUUUUGAACUGCUGGUGCACAGUACUUGUAAGACUGUGAUAUCCCAUUUAUGGCUAUAACAAAUCAUUUACUGAUCUAGCUAACUAUACAAGAAAACAAAAAUGUUUGUUCUAUUAAACCAUUAUUUUGAAUACUCCGGAAAUCAGUGUAGAGGUUUAAAUGCCAGAUUCUUGUACAGGUGAACAUGUGGUCAAGCCUUGCACUGUUGUCCAAGAGAAUGUGCUGUGUAUCAGCCCCUCUGUCAGGGCAGAGGGAGGGGAUGUUUUCAGGUACUUGUCAUUCUAAACAUUUGUUCAGUGCAUUCUCUUUCUUGUGACAGAGGUAUCUUAAGUAUGAAGGAUGCGGCAAAAUACUCCAUGCACUUUUAAUUUGAAAACAUUGUCACAUGCCUCUCCUGCUGCUGGUGCAGAACUAUGAAGCAAUGUCUUUAGUUCUUUUUAAAGAUAGGUUAAGAUUUAUGAAAUGACACAUUAAAACAUGUUUGCUCAAAAAGAUCUGAUCUGAAUAAUCAUUCAUUCUAAUUUCCUUGCCUUUAUUAAAGACUGAUUUCUGGGAUCAUGUUACUAUACUCUUGAAAUGCAAUGAACAUCAGUGAUCUAGUGCUGCUCCUAGUCUGUGGGAGGGUUGUUCAGAUUGGGAGAUGACUCCUGUUGUGAACUUCGUAGAAAUCCUUGGGGAAACUGCAUUGGUUCCCUCGUAUAGCGGUGAUAGGUCUUGGAAUAGGUCCAGCAAUGCACUGUGUGCUCUUAAUUGAAGGACCUGGGUUUGAACAUAUUCUCUGAAGUGGCCGCUGCAUGCGUGCAUUCAGACAGAUGAAGAUGCAGUAUAGCAGGUCACUGAUGCUAACCAAACUGGGAAA